GCAGGUGCACGCCCACGCUAAAUAAACCCAUCGACUGUAAUCCUCACUGUACACAGCGGGAUCCUCUGCGGGUAUUUUCCUUCAUUACUAGAAGUUUGAACCAAAUAAAGCGAUAAAAUGGACAACUCCGGGAAAGAGAAGGAAGCGAUUCAGCUAAUGGCGGACGCUGAUAAAAAAGUCAAGUCCUCUGGCUCCUUUUUGGGAGGGAUGUUUGGAGGAGGACAUCAUAAAGUGGAGGAAGCAUGUGAGAUGUACUGCAGAGCAGCCAACAUGUUCAAGAUGGCCAAGAACUGGAGCGCUGCUGGAGCAGCAUUUUGCAAGGCAGCACGUAUCCAUAUGCAGCUACAGAACAAACAUGACAGUGCCGUCAGCUUCAUCGAUGCAGGAAAUGCUUACAAGAAGUCUGACCCUAACGAGGCAAUCAAGUGUUUAAACGCUGCCAUCGAUAUAUACACAGACAUGGGAAGAUUCACAAUCGCAGCCAAACACCACAUCAGUAUCGCAGAGGUCUACGAGUCCGAAAUGGUGGAUAUAGAAAAGGCAAUUGCACAUUAUGAACAAGCAGCAGACUACUACAAAGGAGAAGAGUCCAACAGUUCUGCCAACAAGUGUCUGCUGAAAGUGGGGGCUUACUGUGCUCAGCUGGAGCAGUAUCAGAAGGCUAUAGAGAUCUAUGAGCAGGUUGGAGCUAACACCAUGGACAACCCUUUGUUGAAAUACAGUGCUAAAGAAUAUUUCUUCAAAGCCUCCCUCUGUCAUUUCAUUGUGGAUGAGCUCAACGCUAAGAUUGCUGUUGAAAAAUAUGAGGAGAUGUUCCCGGCUUUCUCAGACUCGAGAGAAUGCAAACUGUUGAAGAAACUUCUUGAAGCUCAUGAGGAACAGAACAGCGAGGCUUUCACAGAAGCAGUAAAAGAGUUUGAUUCCAUCUCACGCCUCGACCAGUGGCACACAACCCUCCUGCUGCGCAUCAAAAAGACCAUCCAGGGCGAUGAAGGGGAUCUGAAAUGAAAGAAACUGGGGGGGUUAAACUGCAGCACAGAGGGACAAAUCCAUCACGCAUGCUUUAUUACACACACGCACACACACACAUACAUACACAGACACACACACUCUUUCACUCGCUGCACUGUGUAUAGCAUCUGGAGAGGAGCCACCGCUGAUUACACAUAAUUUUCCACUGCUUCACUGUCAGAGUACUAUCUUUGCUUUCCUUGCGAGCAAACUGAGUCCAGUCAGAAUGUAAAUCCUCUCGCCCUCACCUCUCGUCUAGAGGACUGCUGCAUACCUUUUCUGCUAACAUCUGUCCCGGGGGGGGGGGGCAGAGCGGUAUCUUGUAUUGAAACUGAUGUUAGUAUUGAAAACAAGCACUGCAUGUUUUGUACGGUUAUCAUUUCCUAGUCAAAUGCUGCUUGUUUUUUAAAAUCUAGUUGACUAUUUAUUUAAACAGAUGAUUUAAAUGUUUCAGUUUGUUGUACAUUAAAGUGUCACCGUGUGGCUGGAUUUUAUGAAUGUAUUUUUAUUUGUCGGAUUAGAAGAGAGGUGGAUCAUAUUAAUAUUAGGAUUGUAAUUUUAACUGAAGUCAUCCGAGCUAUAAAAAGGGAUUUUGUUGCAUUUUAUCAGCCAUGAGGAGAGACUCUUCUAGAAGAAGGGCAAUGAUAUGCACCAAGUGUAGACUGUUAAACAUUUGUAUCGAAUCUAACCAUACACUUUCAAAUGUCCAUGAGUUUUCGAUUAUUCAUUUAUACUUUAGGAGUUAUUUAUAGAGUUAUACUUUGAAUGUUUGAAUGUGUAAGCUGUGAUUUAUAGUUUGCCUGUGAAAAAUUAAUUUUUCAAUCAAAAACACCGAUGUGGAAACCCUUCCUCCUUCUUUCCAGGGAAGUAAUCUUUGGGUUUAUGUGCAUCAUUAGUCACUCAUCCCGUGCUGUGUUGUGAUGUGAACUUAUCAUUGGAGGUUUUACUAAUGCAGUGAAGCUUCCAAAUGGCCAGUCGCUAAGCAUGUCAUUGUGUGUAGUAUAGUGUGGUGUUACAUUCACUAGUGUGAGCCAGACCAAAGUUUUUACCAAAGGGUCAGUCGCCCUGUGUAUCCAGCUUCUUCCAGGUGGAAUGAUGAGGGAUCUUGAAUAUGAUCUGUAUGCUUGUGCAAAGGGACAAUAAUAAAGACAUUAUAGCCCAUCUUUGUAGUCUUGCCCAUGA